ACUUACAAAACAUCAAGUCUGAGUGGAUAUCCACUUCUCUAUUGCCAUGUGACCUCCAGUUCUUCUCUCACACUUCAGUUGCCAGUAACUUUCUAAUCUCUCGGGUAAAUUUACUAACUCCUUCAUUCCUUCAGUCCGCCCCCAUGCAGCACUAAAGUCAGAGAGACGCGAGCGCGCGCUUCAUUACACUGUACCUGCCGGUCGGGCGCUGAUCAAAUCUUCAAUCAUGGCCAAAUCUCAGUCGAGGCGAUGCUGCUUUUGUUUACUCGCUUUAGUGUGCACUGCUGCAAUUAUCUGCAUUUGCAUACUUUUCAGCAAACAGAAAUGCGACUUUACUCGGGCCGCUGUUUCUGCGGACUCUCUCAUGUGCUCCGACAUCGGCAGGGAUAUACUGCGUCAGGGCGGCUCGGCGGUGGACGCAGCCAUCGCAGCACUUCUGUGCACUGGACUGGUCAACCCGCAGAGCAUGGGCUUGGGCGGAGGCUCCAUCUUUACCAUUAUGGACAACACAGGCAAAGUGAAAAUCAUCAGCUCAAGAGAAACAGUCCCGAAAGGAGUAAGAAGGGAUUUGCUUAAAGAUUGUCCAAGAGUAUUGGCCAUUGUCACAGGUAGUCAAUGGAUCGGUGUACCUGGAGAGAUUCGCGGCUACGAAGAGGCUCAUCGACUGUAUGGAAAGCUGCCGUGGUACAAACUGUUCGAACCCUCCAUCAAACUAGCGCGAGAGGGAUUCCCGAUGCCAGAAUACCUCAGUCAAUUCAUACAGCAUGCCUAUAUUAAGCAGAUUCUGUUCUCGGGAACUGGACUCUGUGAACUGUUCUGCAAAAACAAUAACACAGAAGUCUUGGGCCCAGGGGACACACUGAAGUUCCCUCAACUCGCGAAAACUCUGGAAACCAUUGCCAAAGAAGGAGCAGAUGCCUUCUACUCUGGAAAAAUAGCCAAGGAUUUGAUACAGGAUAUACAAGCUAGAAAUGGAGCAUUAUCAUUAGAUGAUCUGAAGAAUUUUAAGGUCAGAGUCAGUGACCCGUGGACUGUAGAUUUGGGGGAAUAUAAGAUGCACUUCCCUCCUCCACCAGCAGGAGGAGCGAUACUCAGCUUCAUCCUCAAACUAAUGCACGAGUUUGGCCUUUCUCCAGCCUCCAUCCAAGGCGACCAGAAAAACUUGACUUUGCAUCGGUAUAUAGAAGCGGUCAAGUUUGCAAACGGCCAGAGGCGUUUCCUUAAAGACCCCGAGUUCAACUCUGGAGAUAUGAAGUCCGUCACAGAUGAGAAGUUUAUUAAGCAGAUCCGAGCUCUGAUUACUGACAGCGGCACACAUGAGGACUCUUAUUACAACAUUACGCCGGCUGUGGAUCGCUUUGGGACCACGCAUGUCUCAGUGCUGGCAGCAGAUGGCAGUGCAGUUUCAGUCACCAGCACCAUCAACCACAUGUUGGGAUCAGCUGUUUAUUCUCCUAAAACGGGGAUCAUCCUCAAUAAUGAGCUUGUAGAUUUCUGCAAUCGAGCAGAUUCUGUCACACCAGGUGAGCAGCCUCCGUCCUCCAUGGCUCCUGCUAUUCUGCAGUCUCAGCAGAAAACUCUGGUGAUUGGAGGAUCAGGAGGAAGCAUGAUCACUUCCGCCAUGGCCCUGUCCAUUAUGAACCAUCUGUGGUUUGGGAUGAACCUCAAUGACUCUAUCGCUGCUAAAAUAGUCUUUGUUGGCUCCAAUAACAUGGUCAACUUUGAGAAAGGUUACGACAGCUCUGCUAUUAAAGCCAUGGAGAAAUUAGGACACAAUGUAAUGUACAAUCCAUACUUUUUCAACGUGGUCAAUGGCAUCUCCAAAGAAGGACAAUGCAUCAGUGCCAUAUCUGACGCCAGAAAACAAGGCCAGUCUGCAGGAUACUGACCCUGCCAUCCACUUUUAAGACAAUACUCCAGUGAUUCAUCAAGGCCUGCAGGAAGUGAGGGUGGAAGUAAAGGGUCAGCACUUCCUUUUCAGAAACACAGUAAAUUCAGAUACAGGCUGAAUUUGCACAAGGGGUCCGUCCAUGUCUGCUGUUUUGGACUCUUACAAAACAGAAUUAGUAUAUGUUUUGAGUGCGUGUGAAUAUUUUGUAUGUAGCAAAAAAUUGAGGCCAGUUUUUUUUAAGGAUGAACCGUUCUUACAAGAUGGUUAUGAUGUGUUUAAUGGUCAUUGGCAUCUUAAAUUCUUGAAAAGUUUUUAAAAUUCAGAUUUUUUUUUAAACAUAUGUUUUACUUAAGCUAUACUUUGUAUUAUAUCAUAUAUUUCAUUUGUUUUCCUUUUGCUAUGUCCCUUUAUUCAUCAAGGGUUGCUAAAGCAGAAUGAACUCUGAUUGUUGUACUCUCCCAUUUACCACGCUCUAAAUUUACUCAAAUGUGA